AAACUAAAAACUCAGUUGAGCAACACUGAACAUGUUUCAGUCACUGUGGACAUUUGGUCUGACCGAAAGAUGAGGGGAUUCCUUGGUGUCACUGUGCACUGGAUAGAGAAAGAGGCAGAGAGGAUACAGCUAAGGUCUAAUCUCUUGGCCUGUGAACGCUUCAAAGGCUCACACACAGCUGAAAGAAUCUGUGACCAAUUUGAGUCAAUAUGUGAUGAAUACACCAUUAAAGACAAACUGGAGAACAUUAUUAGUGACAAUGCUGCUAACAUGAGAAAAGCAUUCUCUGUAUGUUUCCCAAGUGAACAAGAGGAUGACGAUGAUGGAGAUUAUCUUGAUGACCCUGAGCUCUGGUGUGACUUAACCCUGGAAGAUCAGGAAACAGUAGAUGUUGCUAUGGCAAAGAAACAGCGCCUGCAGUGUUUUGCACACACUCUUCAGCUGGUGGUGGGAGACGGCUUGAAAGAAACAAAAGUGGUAUUGCCUUCUCUUUCAAAGUUAUCAAAACUCAGCUCACUGCUGCACACAAGCACAACAUUCAAAGAUGUGUUUGAUGCUGAAUUUGGAGAACAGAAAGGCAUCCCUGCUGCAGUCAACACAAGAUUGAACUCAACACUUCGGCAAGUGAAGGCAGUUCUCCAGUGCAAUCAUCUAAAGCUCUGUGCUGUUCUAGAAAAGGCUGGGCACAGGGAGUUGUCAUUCACAGCACGGGAGUGGAAUCUGUUGAAGGAGUUAGUGGACAUCCUGAAACCAUUUGGAGAAGCAACUGAUUUGACACAGGGGGAGAAGGUCACAAUUAGUGCUGUUGUUCCUUCUGUCUUGUCCCUCAACCACCACCUUGAGAAGCUGAAGCCUCAAGUCUGCUUCCUGUGUGGCCUGGUCAGAAGUCUCCAGGCAUCCCUGAACAAAAGAUUUCUGGGAAUCUUCAUCAAUGUGAAAAUGGCUAGGACACAAGAUGUGGUUGAUGCUCCAUUUUCCAAUCCCGUCUACCUCAAAGCAGCUGCCUUGGAUCCAGCCUUUUCUCUGUCGUGGGUGGAGCCCCAUGUGCUGGUCAAGCAUGAUGUCAAGGCAGAGGUGGCACAACAAGUGAAAGAAUUGAUCCUGCAAGAUGCUGCAGAGACUGAGCAACCUGUGCCUUGGGUUGAUGAAGAAGAGUAAGAGGACCUCGGAGAA